AUGGACACAGAAGGAGCAUAUGACCCACGGAACGAGGGCCAUGACGAUGCAAUGGGCGGGACCGACGACGGAUCACAAUCGCACACCCCUACCCAUAACAAUGGCUUCAGCAAUCGACAACAACAUGGGCAGUCCCAGUCGGCAGAGUUCUCACAAUCUCAGCAGCACGGCGGCUACCCAGCGUCACCAAAUCCAGACGUCGAUCCAAAUGCGAGAUACCCCACGCCGCCUACAGCCUUUGCUCCCUCGAUCUCAAGACCCAACUCAGGACUCUCUGGCAAUGGUGGUUACGGAAACAUGCAGCAAUCCUCAUAUCAAGACCAGAACUCGCGGAGCGCAGCGGGCGGGGAACAGAGUCGGAACAACAGCAACAGCAAUAAGAAUAGCGUGGUGAUCAAGGUGGGCAUGGUAGGGGAUGCACAGAUAGGCAAGACAUCACUGAUGGUGAAAUACGUCGAGGGAAGCUGGGACGAGGAUUACAUUCAGACGCUAGGAGUCAAUUUCAUGGAGAAAACAAUAUCGAUACGUAACACCGAAAUCACAUUUUCCAUCUGGGAUCUGGGAGGACAGAGGGAGUUUGUUAACAUGUUACCUUUGGUGUGCAACGACGCCGUGGCUAUAUUAUUCAUGUUCGACUUAACGAGGAAGAGCACGUUGAAUAGUAUCAAGGAAUGGUAUAGACAAGGGCGGGGGUUUAACAAAACAGCGAUUCCAUUUCUGGUUGGCACCAAGUAUGAUCAUUUCGUCAACUUCCCACGGGAAGACCAAGAGGAGAUAUCGAAUCAGGCCCGGAGGUUCGCCAAGGCAAUGAGAGCCAGUCUUAUCUUCAGCAGUACAAGUCACAGUAUCAACGUCCAAAAGAUCUUCAAAAUCGUCCUUUCAAAAGCCUUCGACCUAAAAUGCACCAUCCCCGAAAUCGAAAACGUCGGCGAACCCCUCCUCCUCUACCAAUCCGUAGGCUAG